GAAGAAGAACAAAUAUCUUAACUUUGAUGAAAAUGGCAUCAUCAUCAUCAGCUUUGUCUUUCCCUCUCUCCAACAUCCCAACCUGUAGUAAGAAGUCUCAACAAUUUCAAAAACCGGCUUCUUUAUCCAAAUCCAGUCACACACAUAAACCUAGUCUCAAAACCCAAAUUUUACACCACAAAUUCACUAAGAGAAAUUUACUGAGUUUGACGACUGCCUUGGGAUUUACGUCAGCGCUAGGAACUGUUCUUGCUCACCCCGCAAAAGCUGAACCAGAAGCUCCCAUCGAAGCCACUUCCAAUAGAAUGUCGUAUUCGAGAUUCCUGCAGCAUCUGAAAGAGAAUGAAGUGAAGAAAGUUGACUUGAUCGAGAACGGAACGGUUGCGAUCGUAGAGAUCUCUAAUCCAGUAGUAGGAAAGAUCCAGAGGGUUAGGGUUAACCUUCCCGGUUUACCAGUCGAUCUGGUGAGGGAGAUGAAGGAGAAGAACGUCGAUUUCGCUGCUCAUCCCAUGAAUGUGAACUGGGGAGCUUUCUUGCUCAACUUCUUGGGGAAUUUAGGGUUUCCUUUGAUCUUGCUUGUCUCUCUGCUUUUAACAUCUUCUUCAAGAAGAAACCCUGCUGGACCUAACUUGCCUUUUGGUCUUGGAAGAAGCAAAGCUAAGUUUCAGAUGGAGCCUAACACAGGGAUAACGUUCGAGGAUGUAGCAGGAGUAGACGAAGCCAAGCAAGACUUUGAAGAGAUCGUUGAAUUUUUGAAAACCCCAGAGAAAUUCUCAGCUUUGGGGGCUAAAAUCCCAAAAGGCGUCUUGUUGACCGGACCGCCAGGAACCGGAAAGACACUCUUGGCCAAGGCUAUAGCCGGAGAAGCCGGUGUUCCUUUUUUUUCAUUGUCUGGUUCGGAGUUCAUAGAGAUGUUUGUUGGUGUAGGAGCAUCUAGAGCUAGAGACUUGUUUAACAAGGCAAAGGCUAAUUCACCUUGUAUAGUGUUCAUUGAUGAGAUUGAUGCUGUUGGGAGAAUGAGAGGAACCGGUAUAGGAGGAGGAAACGACGAACGUGAGCAGACGCUAAACCAGAUAUUAACCGAAAUGGAUGGGUUUGCGGGGAAUACCGGAGUAAUUGUGAUCGCUGCAACGAACCGGCCAGAGAUUCUAGACUCUGCUUUGCUCCGACCAGGAAGAUUCGAUAGGCAGGUAUGUUGGUUAAUCCUUAAACCGAAUAAAUCGAACAGGUUUGGUAUAAUGUCAACAUGUUUUAAACAGGUUUCUGUUGGUUUACCGGAUAUAAGAGGAAGAGAGGAGAUAUUAAAAGUUCACAGCAGAAGCAAGAAACUCGACAAAGAUGUAUCUUUGAGCGUAAUUGCCAUGAGAACUCCAGGUUUUAGUGGAGCUGACUUGGCCAAUCUUAUGAACGAAGCAGCGAUUCUCGCCGGAAGAAGAGGAAAAGACAAGAUUACCCUUACAGAGAUCGACGACUCUAUCGAUCGGAUAGUCGCCGGAAUGGAAGGGACAAAGAUGAUCGACGGUAAAAGUAAAGCGAUUGUAGCGUACCAUGAAGUAGGACAUGCAAUUUGACUUUGACGGAGGGUCAUGAUCCGGUUCAGAAAGUUACGUUGGUUCCUAGAGGUCAAGCACGUGGUCUCACGUGGUUCUUACCGGGAGAAGAUCCGACAUUGGUGUCUAAACAGCAAUUGUUCGCUAGAAUCGUCGGAGGACUCGGAGGCAGAGCCGCCGAAGAUGUAAUUUUUGGAGAACCGGAGAUAACCACCGGCGCUGCCGGUGAUCUCCAGCAAGUCACUGAGAUAGCAAGACAGAUGGUGACGAUGUUUGGUAUGUCGGAAAUCGGUCCAUGGGCACUAACCGACCCAGCGGUUAAGCAAAACGAUGUGGUUCUACGGAUGCUAGCGAGGAACUCAAUGUCCGAGAAACUUGCGGAGGAUAUUGAUUCUUGCGUGAAGAAAAUAAUCGGUGACGCUUACGAGGUUGCGAAAAAGCACGUGAGGAAUAAUAGAGAAGCUAUAGACAAGCUUGUUGAUGUUUUGUUGGAGAAAGAAACCUUAACGGGAGACGAGUUUCGAGCAAUUCUGUCUGAGUAUACUGAUCAACCGUUAAAUACCGAUGGCGAUGUAAGAAUUCGAAUCAAUGACUUGAUUAGUGUCUAAUACAGACACCUAGAUCAACUCAUGUCUUCAUUUAACGUAUUCACAUUUUUCU